UAUCGGACUCGACUCGUAUUGAAGCCGAGUGAGGUCACGUGACAGUCACGUUCAUCAAGAUGGCUCCUCUAGCAGAAGAACAUUUCAGCUCAUUAAACCUUUUAUUAAAGGCUCCAUCCAAAGAUGUUGUGCGACAGAUCUGCACAGACAGUUUCACUACAAGGGUGCACGAGUCCCAGAGUGUGAUAGACAGCACUGCUCGUGCACUGUCUGUGUCCAGCACCGAGGCCAUGCAGGUGUUGGCAGCAUUUCACACGCUUUCGCAUCACGUGGUGUUCCACAAUUUUACAGCACCAGAACAAAUCCAGUCUCUUUUCCCAGCUACUUUCCACUCAAACCUCAAAAAUCUCAUCACAAAGAUCCUGCUUGAACAAAGCGCAACAUGGAGAAAUGAGGCUUUGUCCAGUCAGAUCUCUCUGCCACAGCUUGAAGACUUGGAGUGGAGGGUGGACAUGAAGAUGGCGUCUGACUCUGUGAGCCGCAUGGCUGUGCCUACCUGUAUCCUGCACAUGAAGAUCCAAGACGGAGGCAGUGUGAGCAGCAAAAGCAAGUCUUCAGUCACCGUGGAACUGAGCAAAGAAACUUUGGACACGAUGCUAGACGGACUGGGACGCAUCCGGGACCAGCUCUCUGCCGUGGCCGGGAAAUAGGACCACGUCGUUUACGGAUCAAUUAAACACACUCGGAGGACUAAAAAAAAUGAACUGCAUGAGAUACGAGUCUUUUUGUAACAGUCAGCAUCCCAGCCAGUUGGAUUAAUCCAUUUCCUUCUCACAACAUCAUGGAAACUCAGCUCCAGAACCAUUGGCACCCUAAAACCAAUUCACUUCUACUAGAUUAAUUUGUAAAACAAAUUAAAAGCACAGAAUUUGGGGA